AUGGCAACUGUCUUCGUACCCCCUUCGCCCCGAACUUCUAUGACCAUGGCUACUCGUCGUCCACUCGCAAACGUGCCGAAUGCAACCAAUUCUCCACGCAGGGCCGAGCUAUUGCUUAAACGAGCUCGCCCUACCCGAAUGGAGAUGCCGUACGGACAACCGCCGCCGAAAAGACAAGCUAUGGAGAACAUGCAAUACGAGCCUCGCUCGACCACCUGCCAGACCACGAACACGGACUCGAAACUCUUCGCGCGGCGAUCGAACAAUGGCAACCCCAGUGCAUUUGAGAAGAAGCUCGUCGCAGCCCGGGAGAAAGAACGUCAGCCGCAAAUGAAGCACGUCAAAGUAGAGAAGGCCCCGGCAGAUACCAUGGACUCCAUUCGACAAUGGCAGCGGCACUAUAGGAAGGCGUUCCCCCAGUUUGUGUUUUACUUUGAUAGCAUCCCUGAGGAUGUCAGACGGCGGUUCUCUCGCCAGGUCAUUGAUCUUGGAGCUCGUGAGGAGAAGUUUUUCUCGCGUCUAGUAACCCACGUUGUCACUUCGCGUGCCAUCCCCCCAGAAUCAACCACUCCAGUAGAACCGGAGUCAACCGCAGAGGCCAGCAAUGGCGAUAGCAAUGUCCAAACUGUCAACCCUUCUCUUUUGGAGAGAAACGGCGAGACUCACCUGCAUGCUUCAUUAAAAACCGAGCCGCGUCGUGAUCAAGUAACUAUGGACAUUCUGCAAAGGGCUCGGCAGAUGGGCAUGAAAAUCUGGGCGUUGGAAAAGCUUCAGCGUAUGAUCACAACCAUUAAUGAUAGUGACAUUGGUGCCCAAUUUGAACAAGCCGCCCGGAAUAGAGCCGCUGGUGGUAGCGCUGCCAACGGCAAGGGUGAAAAUGAUCUCUCACGAGUUCUUCGACAGGAACUUCUCAAUGGACCAUCUGAUCGCGAUCCAUUGACAUCAAUGGAAAUGCUGAUAUUCAAAGGACCAUUUGUCUACAUCCAUGACAUGAACGAGAAAACAAAACCAGUGAUGGUUAGAGAAUACUCUCGAGUCGCUAGACGCCAGGAUGGAUCUUGGCCACAGUUCCGAAGCGCUCCCCUUGGAAAGUGUCCUUUCAUAGAUGAGCCCCCGAGCAGAAGGGAAUAUGAUCGACACCGGUUGCGCCAACUUCAGAAAGAGAAGAAGGCUGCGUCUCACAAGACUGGUGGAACUCGUGAUUCCAAGACCAAAAAAGCUGAGCCUGUCCAACAAGCCCCUGAAUCUGUGACCACAACAGAAAUCGCACAUUCCCAGCCAUUGGUGAAACAAGAGGAGCGUGCUACACCGCCGGUUCAAAACGAAAUCCUAAAGCCAUCAUUCGAUGAAACUCAUGAACGAAAGAGCUCUGAAAGCUUUAUUCCUCCCCACUUCCCUCGGACCGGACCAUUUUAUGCUGGUUGUGAGCCUGCUGCCUCAGGUGUUCAGCCCUCUAAUAUGACAUCCGCAAUUCGCUCACAAAUGAUCUCAUCCACUGCUGCAGCGCCUGGUGCGAAAGCAGGGCUCAGCAAGGAGGUUCAUGGACUCAAGAGAAAGGUUCUCGAGAAGGGCACAUGUGGAUUCACAGCGGGAUCUAUGGCUGCUCCUCAACGUCGUGGGGAUGCCGUUACGACAAUUCCGAUGAGGAACAACGUCAAUCCCCCCGGAAAGUCCAACCUUACUGAGGAUGAAGUAAAGCAAUCUGAGACGGCUACUUCAAAGAGACAAAGGGAUGACAAAGAUGAGCAAAAGAAACCCGAGCGCCGCAGAGAUCCAAAGCCUGGCUAUUGCGAGAACUGUAGGGACAAGUUUGACGAUUUUGAAGAACACACUCUGACUCGGAAACAUCGCCGGUUUGCUGCGAACUCGACCAACUGGGCCGAACUUGAUGCACUGCUUGCUGAAAUUCAACGCCCGCUCAAGGAACAAUAUGAAUAUGAUGAAUAG